AUGUUUUAGGACUCAGUGGUCUUUGAGGAUGUGGCUGUCAACUUCACCCAAGAGGAAUGGGCUUUGCUGGGUCCUUCACAGAAGAAACUCUACAGAGAUGUGAUGCAGGAAACCUUUGUUAAUUUGGCCUCUAUAGGGGAAAAAUGGGAGGAUCAGAACAUUGAAGAUCACCACAAAAACCAGGGGAGAACUUUAAGAAGUCAUAUGGUAGAGAAACUUUCUGAAAAGAAUGAAAGUAGUCAACUUGGAGAAACCUUCAGUCAGACUCCAAAUCUUAAAUUAAACAAGAAAACUCUUACUGGAGUAAAACCAUAUGAAUGCAGUGUGUGUGGAAAGGCCUAUAUGUGUCAUUCAUCUCUUAAUAGGCAUAUGAGGUCUCAUACUGAACAUAGACCAUAUGGGUAUCACAAAUAUGGAGAGAAGUCAUAUGAAUGUAAGGAAUGCGGGAAAAGAUUCAACUUUCGAAGUUCAUUUCGAAUACAUGAAAGAACUCACACUGGAGAGAAACCCUAUAAAUGUAAGCAAUGUGGUAAAGCUUUUAGUUGGCCCAGCUCCUUUCAAAUACAUGAAAGAACACAUACGGGAGAGAAACCCUAUGAAUGUAAGGAAUGUGGGAAAGCCUUCAUUUAUCACACAACUUUUCGAGGACACAUGAGAAUGCACACGGGAGAAAAACCGUAUAAAUGUAAAGAAUGUGGGAAAACCUUCAGUCAUCCCAGUUCAUUUAGAAACCAUGAAAGAACUCACUCGGGAGAGAAACCUUAUGAAUGUAAACAAUGUGGAAAAGCUUUCAGAUAUUACCAAACUUUCCAGAUACAUGAAAGGACUCACACUGGAGAAAAACCCUAUCAAUGUAAGCAAUGUGGUAAAGCUCUUAGUUGUCCCACAUCCUUUAGAAGUCAUGAAAGGAUCCACACUGGAGAAAAACCCUAUAAAUGUAAAAAAUGUGGUAAAGCCUUCAGUUUUCCUAGUUCAUUUAGAAAACAUGAAAGAAUUCAUACAGGAGAGAAACCCUAUGAUUGUAAGGAAUGUGGGAAAGCCUUCAUUUCGCUUCCAAGCUUUCGAAGACAUAUGAUAAUGCACACUGGAAAUGGACCUUAUAAAUGUAAGCAAUGUGGGAAAGCCUUUGAUUGUCCUAGUUCAUUUCAAAUUCAUGAACGCACUCACACUGGAGAAAAGCCCUAUGAAUGUAAACAGUGUGGGAAGGCCUUCAGUUGUUCCAGUUCCUUCCGAAUGCAUGAAAGAACUCACACUGGAGAAAAGCCCCAUGAAUGUAAGCAGUGUGGUAAGGCCUUCAGUUGUUCCAGUUCUGUUCGCAUACAUGAAAGGACUCACACUGGAGAGAAGCCCUAUGAAUGCAAGCAAUGUGGGAAAGCCUUCAGUUGUUCCAGUUCCUUUCGAAUGCAUGAAAGAAUUCACACAGGAGAGAAACCCUAUGAAUGUAAACAGUGUGGUAAAGCCUUCAGUUUUUCCAGUUCGUUUCGAAUGCAUGAGAGAACUCACACUGGAGAAAAACCCUAUGAAUGUAAACAAUGUGGCAAAGCCUUCAGUUGUUCCAGUUCCUUUCGAAUGCAUGAAAGGACUCACACUGGAGAGAAACCUUAUGAAUGUAAACAGUGUGGUAAGGCCUUCAGUUGUUCCAGUUCCAUUCGAAUACAUGAAAGAACUCACACAGGAGAGAAACCUUAUGAGUGUAAACAAUGUGGUAAGGCCUUCAGUUGUUCCAGUUCUGUUCGAAUGCAUGAAAGGACUCACACUGGAGUGAAACCCUAUGAAUGUAAACAAUGUGAUAAAGCCUUCAGUUGUUCCCGUUCCUUUCGAAUCCAUGAAAGAACUCACACAGGAGAGAAACCCUAUGCAUGUCAACAAUGUGGUAAAGCCUUCAAGUGUUCCCGUUCCUUUAGAAUACAUGAAAGAACUCACACAGGACACUAACCUAUGAAUGUAAGCAAUGUGGUAACAUUUUCAGUUGUCCCAUUU